AUGUCACCGCGAAAUGAGGACGAGGCCGCACGUCAACUCGAACAAGAAAGGCAGUUGCAGAUGAGACGGCAAAAGGAGGCAGAAGAUGCUUGGCUACGAAGAUUGGAUGAAAUGUUUGAGCAAAGAAAUUCGCAAGACAAGCUCAUUCAAGACUAUAUGCUAUCGUUGAUGAAGUUCUUUGACGAUUUGAGAGUCCAUCUCCAUUCUUUACCGCUCAAGUCUCGUCCAGAUGUAGCAGAUCGGAUACGUGAAGCUGUGCGACAGCAUUGUCGAGAAUUGCGAGUUUGUCGGACUGCUCCCCUCAAUAAGUUAAUCGAGAAUGCGUGUGUGGCGCGUGAAUCGGAACUGUGGAGCUUUAUCGACGUCGCUGCAGAAGUGGCGCUGGACGGUCCAGAUUCUGAUGGAGGCGGAUCGAGUAGUGAUAGCAGUGGAAGAUGCCCCAUCGACGUCGGGCAAGGAAAGUGA